AUGGCACCUUACGAGGCUUUGUAUGGUCGUAGGUUUCGUACACAUUCAUGUUGGACUGAGUUGGGUGAGCGGCGUGUUCUAUGCUCUGAACUAGUUUUUGAUAUCGAGGAUAAAGUUAGACCGAUUCUGGAUUGUUUGAAAGCGGCAUCUGAUAGGAAGAAGUCUUAUGCCGAUCUAAAGCAUCGAGAGAUUGAGUAUUCUGUGGGAGACUUCAUUUUUCUCAAGGUCUCGCCAAGGAAGCAGUUGGAGUUACCUCCAGAAUUGGAUCGAAUUCACGACGUGUUCCACGUCUCUAUGUUGAGGCCCUAUCGCUCUGAUCCCACACAUAUUAUUCCUAUUGAGGAAAUUGAGGUUCAACCAGAUCUGACCUUUAAGGAGGAGCCAGUUCAGAUUUUGGAGCUUGAUGUAAAGGUUCUAAAAAGAGAAUCCAUCCCGUUGGUUAAGGUUCUGUGGCGUAAUCAUAGCCCUGAGGAAGCUACUUAG